UUAGAUAGCACCUCAAAAAAAGUAAUCACUGCUGCGACUGCAUAACCAUAUUAAAAUUUUCACAAAAAAAUCUAAAUUACAUUAAUGUCUCACGCCCAUUAUUCGAAAUUAUGGCUCGUAACGAGAAAAGACGCAGAGAAGCUCUUAAAAUUGGACGAAACCAUUGGAAAUUUGAAAUCUUGGAAAUCCAAGGAAGAUUGCUUGAAUAAAAUUCUGCCAAUGUACCUCAAAUAUCGUAAUUUGGUCAAACGUCUGAUGGUCUGUUACAAUCAAAUGGUUCAACCCCAAAAGCGUGACUUAAUUAAACAAGUGUUAAACUGUGCAAUUGGUCGUAUGCUCGAAUAUAAACGUGAGAUCGUAAAAUUGGAAUGUUCUGAUUACGUGUGGCCUGACAAUUUUUUAAUUGAAAUGAAAUUUACGCAAGAUGACGUUGACAUUUUAUCCCGGUCGUAUUACGCAACUGAUCGAACUAGAGAGUUGGAGGAAAGGAGAAAAUAUAUUAACGAUCUGAUCGACAGUGCUAACAAACCACCAGAAUCAAUAAUCAUUGAAACUCAUAUAAUCGAACAAACAAUGCCAAGUGCCAUUGACGUAAGAAAUACCAGUUCACCGAUUAAAGUCACAAAAGCUCGAAAAGUAAAAACUGGAGAACCUUCAAGGAUGCAAAUUUCGCUCGAAUCGGAAGAACAUAAGAAAGCACGGGAAGCUAGAGAAGCAAUGGCAAAACUAUGGAAAAGCACCAUAACACUGAUUCAAAGUCACGAACGAGCAAGAUCUGCCCGCUGUAUCGGAGAACGAGCCAGAAAACAGUAUAUACGUAACAUAAAACUGAAUCAGGGUCAAACGGAAUUGAAGAAGCCCGAGAAAAGCGCAAGAAAACAAGCGGCCAUGAUUAUUCAAAGGACAUGGCGUCGUUACCGAGCUCGGGAAGCUUUGCGAAAACGAGCCGACCGUGUCGAAGAAUUGCUAGACAUGAAAAUACCAUCGUGGAGAAAUCGCGAAGUUUUUGAGAAGGACGAAGCCAAUUAUCGUCGUAUACAAAACCUGCAGCCGGAAGCCGUAUGGCAUUUGGAAGAGAGAACAGAUGAGGAAAGUGCGAGGGUGCACGCAAUUAAAGCAGCUGGACUGAUGGAGGACAUUACGGAUGAGAUACGCGAAUGGUUCAUUUUAUGGUACAAUGAACUUGGAUACUUUGACAUAUUUCCAGUAGCCACUGCGGGUGGUUCGAUUCUGGUAGCAACCGGGCAGACCCUCACGCCGGAGGAGUAUCUCCUUGAGAAAUUGCAGAAGGCUAAGAAAAAAGAGAAAUCAAAAGGAAAUCAAAAAACAAAGGAGGAAUCGGAUGAAAAUAAAAAAUUAGCUAAUAAAAAAAAAGGAAAAUCCAAGACCGACCAGGCGAAGAGUCAACAAUUGAGUACCUCCGAGUCUAAGGCUUUUCCAGGCCUCUUGCAGGCGAAUAACGAUUUUCAUCAUUACUGGGAAUUCCGGGACGAGUCGAGUAAUCCAAAGCAGAGGGAGUACCUUGAUCUUAUCACUGAAAAACUCUGCUACGAGCUUCAAUUGGAAAUGCGUGAAAUUGUUGAUGAACUCAUGAGAGCAGAAUUAGAGAAAUUGAAAGAGGCGCUGAUGAAAGAUCAUGCUGAUGACAAAGUCAAACUCGACGCACCUACGGCUGUGAAAGCGGGCAAAAUGAAGAAGAAGAAAAAAGAGAAAAAGGACCCGCUUGGUAAUAUGGCGCCGGAGGACAUUUUCUUUGAACUGGCACGAAAUCGAAUAAUUCGAAGUCAGUCUGUGGUGCGACUGAAAGAGUGGAUAGGGGAUUUAUCGUAUCAAAAUUAUGAAGCUCGUCAGGAAUUACGUGAAUAUCGACAUCGUCUUGGGGAAGUCAAAGAAUCGGUAAUAGAUUACUGUAUCCUACCGCUUCUUUCUAAAGAAUCACAUCAAGUGGCACCCCUCGUACGUUCCAUCUGUAUCUGCGGUUUGCCGCGACACGGCAAGGGAAUGUUAGCAGACGCCAUUUUUACCGAGGUCGGAGCUUUGGUUCUCGAUCUCAGUCCUGAAACUCUACUUAAUAAAUACCUAGGCAAGAAGGAACAAAACAGACUUAUGAAUAUGGUGAACAAAGUAGCGAGGAGCUACGCGCCGUCUGUUAUAUUUGUCAAGGGCGGCGAGAGGCCAUGGCUGAAAAAAGUUCCACGCGAACUUAGGUACUUGCAGCCAAAAAGAUUAGCUGCGUUGUUUACUAAAUUCAUUAAAGGAAUCAAAUCCGGUGAUCGAAUUUUAUUUCUCAGUACGUCAUCCGAACCCUAUAAAGCCAGUAAAAAAUUUGUAAAAAUUCACGAAAAAGUUAUAUUGAUACCAGUGACCGACUACAAUACGUUGUAUAUGUUCUAUAAAGAAUUAUUAAUGAAGUAUCAUGGAGUAGAUAGGAACUUGGAUGUAUCGUGUUUAGCAAAAUUAUCGGUUGGUCUACCGCUCGAAUUUAUACGGCAAACGGUCGAAAAUGUUGUUGGCAUCAGAAGAAGAAUUACGUUAAAGUUCAAACCGUUGCAACAGCGAGAGAUUAUGGAGGAAUUACUGUCGUACGAUAGUCCAGGACCAAAGAUCCUUGAACAAUAUAGAAAGUUUGAAAAAACGAUCCCACUCGAAAAGGAGAGACUUAAAAUGUUGGCGAACGAGCGUGAGUUACGUGAAAAGAUAAAUUCACCGAAGAAAAAAAAGAAAAAAUGAUCGUCAGUCAAUCAAUGUGAAAGUUCGAUAGACGAUACAGAAAAGAACAAAAAAAUGUUAAUAUCAAUACCGAUUGCGGCCAAUUAGUCAUACCCUCCUAUGAAGAAAAAUGAUUAUCGUUAAUCAUUACUCGUUUAUAAAUGAUCUAUUAUAAAUCACCGAUCGAUCAGUUUAAUGCGGAUAGAUCUUUCAUAAUAAUUUUCAAUGUCAUGAGAAUCAGUAUCUCGGUACGUGAGUUAUAUUCUUGCGCGGCAAAUAAAUGAAGCUAAAGAAAGGAGCUAUUUGGUGAAGAGACCACGAAUGAGGAUUGAAUGAAGAAAAUGGCGGCCGGUAUUCAUACGAAACCAAGUUCCUUUGACGUUUCGCUAUUGGAACUCAACAGAAUUAUGAGGAAUGUAGCGAGCAAAGAACAGAACGAUCGACGAACUUGAUCGAGCAGUGAGCUGGACAAGUUGCCGUCGUUUUGUUCAACUUGUUUCUACAGACUCGAGACUAUAAUGGCGAUUACUCUCCACUUCCUUUAACGAUUCAUUGGUCUGAUGAUUUUUCAUGUUUUCUUUUCAUUCUUCUUUCGAGAAAUCCAUUUACAGU